AUGUCGAGCCUAACGCGUAUAAGGAAGAAUUAUUUGAACAGUCUCUAUAAAAAUUUAUUAUCCAAUCAAAACCUCUUGUUCUACCAGUUUAAUAAUUUCAAUGUUUCUCAGUUGAGUGGGUUGAGGGGGGUUAUAGACAGCGAGACGAAUGGGAAGGCUUCGUUGACCGUAAUCAGAUCGGGUGUAUUUAGAGGAUUAUCCAGCGACCCGAACCUUAAGCAGCUCCUCACUGGCAACUGCUGCGUUGUGUCUUUCACCCAUAUAGACCCUCCAACCAUCAAAUCCAUUUUGCAGAAAACAGAUUCAAUCAAGUCCAAUAGCAGGUUUAGACCGCUUCCCUUGUCCAUCCAAAACACAGACACCAUCCCCGCCAACCCAAAGAUGCUCCUUCUUGGCGGUCACAUCGGCAACGCCACCGUUGACCCAUUCCACAUCAGACACCUCGCUAACCUCCCUUCUUUGCCUCAAAUACACUCCCAAAUCCAUUCCAUCAUAUCAAACCCAUCCGCCUCUAUCCACUCACACAUCUCCAACCCCUCCUCCCGCUUACACUCCCUCUUAAAAUCCCAUUCUCAGCAAUAG